AUGGACAAUAACCCAACCCCAAGUCCUAGAUCAUCAUUAUCACCAGGAUAUUCCAUUUUAGUUUGUUUUAUACUUAGUGAACCAAUUGGUCCUUCCUCAACUCCAAGAAUAUCGGAACAUGAGUUAUAGGCAAGCGAAGCCAAUGGUUUAUUCGACUCCAGCGAAUCCACAAACAAGAUUACAACUUCUACAGCUGUCGGAGCCACCACUGCAGAUCUGAUUCAAAAUCUGGUCGUAUUUGUAAUUCUCAUACUCACACGCAGUAAUGGUGUUUUGGGAAGGUUACUCCCCCCUCUAGAUAAUUAUCGAUUGCACACAAGGAAAGAAGAAGAUGCCAAGAACUCAGUGCCAUUGAGCUCCGUCAUCAAGGGUGUUUUGCUCCAACAGCUAGUUCAGGCAAUCGUUGCUCACAUCCUGUUUUUGGUAACCUCAGAAACAGGCUUAGUUGGGACAGAAGUUCAACCAUCUCUUUUCAUUCAACUUAUCCAGAUCAUGAUCGCGAUGUUUGUAAUGGACACAUGGCAGUAUUUCGUGCAUCGAUACAUGCACAUAAACAAAUUCCUAUAUCGCCAUAUUCAUUCUCAACACCAUAAACUAGUUGUCCCUUAUGCAAUUGGGGCUCUUUACAACCACCCACUCGAGGGUCUUCUUCUAGAUACAGUUGGUGGGGCCCUCUCUUUUCUUGUAUCAGGAAUGACUGCAAGAACUGCGGUUAUCUUCUUCUGUUUUGCUGUGGUAAAAACUGUGGAUGAUCAUUGUGGACUCUGGUUGCCUGGUAAUCUUUUUCAUUUCUUCUUCCAAAACAAUACGGCGUAUCAUGACAUUCAUCAUCAACUCCAUGGAUUAAAGUACAAUUUCUCUCAACCUUUUUUCCCUAUUUGGGACAAGAUUCUUGGAACCUAUAUGCCAUAUGAUCUUGUAAAGCGUCCCGAAGGUGGAUUUGAAGCUAAAUUAUCAAAAGACUAGUCAAGUUUGUUAAUUACUCCAUUGUAUUCCUGUUCUUUGAUUGUGGUUGGUUGGUUUUAUCAAUUUUCAUCACUUGAUUAGUGUUCGAUUCUUUUGACCUAACGAUGUAACAAUGAUUUGUAACUUGUUAUUGGGAUGUUUUGUGUAGUCUUAGCCGAUUUGUAACUAUUGUUCUAUUAUUCUUUUGACAUGUU